AUGUCGCCCUCACGCCGCAUCCACUCGCCGGCCUUCAAGGUUAAGCUCGUGGAGGAGGCGCUCGCCCUGCCCGCAGCCUGCAGGAUCAAGCCGACGUGCCGAAAGUAUCCCGGCGUCGAGCCGACGCAGCUGCGGAAGUGGAUCAAGGCGCUCGACAAGCUGCAGGCGCAGGCGCGGGAGGAGUCGUGGAAAACCGCCAUGCUAGGGUCCAUCACCACCGAGGCGCCCGCCAGCGACCUCCACUCCUUCCAGAAGCUGCUCGAGUCGGAGCCCGCGCUGGGGCCCGUCCCCGCGACCGCCUUCUGGCAGCCCGCUCUCAGGGCGUGCGAGGAAGGGGAGGGCGGGUCUGCGUGCGACCUCCCCGGCGAGGAGUUUGAAUUUCUGGGGGCGGCGGAUGUCGCUGCAGUCCUCGUCGGGACUAUCUGGGAGCAGCCGGCGUUGCUGAUGCAGCCGAUGGCGGCGCGCUGAGAAAUUUGCGCGCGCGUCGGGCCCUCCCCUUCGAGGCUCAAGUUCCAUGUUUGGCAUGCCCAUCUCACGGGAGAGGAAUUGCCGGCCGUCAUGACUCAUGUACGUGGCAUUCCUGCCGUGUCGUCAUGUAGGACCCCACGUUGAUCUCGGUGUAUGUUUUGUCGGUGCGGGUGUGCGCGCGCGUAGUGCGCGCGCAACACGCGAUCGUGUCAUAUUUGUGUACACUUGGUGCCCCUGUGUCUCAUUGGUAGAUGGUACAUGCGUGUGCAUGCCGACGUGUGUGCUUUUCACACAUGCACAUAUGAGUUAACAGUUAUGAGAUAUGAUUUUUUGUACAUUUCUUUAUGUUUU